AACCAUGACAACCACGGCACUCGAAGAGGGGUGUCGCUAACACUAGUUAACUCCAAAACAACUUGACUGAAGUGAUAGUGAAAAUCAUUUAGUUUUAACCUGAUAGCUUGUUGAGUAGUUUCCCGUAACGAAAUGGACACGUCGGUAAUUCUGUCUGCUGAAGCAGAAGGAUUUGUUCAAAAUCUGGAAACUUUCUCUCUCAAGGAAGUGGGCUCUGCGAGGUGGUUCAGACAGCAUGAGUACAUCGAGAAACUUAACAUGCAGGCAAUACUGAAUGCUUCUGCCAUGCAUGAUGAGUUUGUCAAGGAGCUCCUGGUAUCUUAUGGAAAGAUACCUGUUCUGGUCCAUGAAAUGAUCCUUGUCGAAGUUUGGAAGCAAAAAGUGUUCCCCAUCUUAUGUCAGCUGCAGGACUUUAAUCCCAAGAACACAUUUCAUCUUUACAUGGUGAUCCACCAUGAAGCCACGAUCAUAAACCUACUUGAAACGAUAAUGUUUCACAAGGAUUCAUGUGAGGCAGCUGAUGACUCUGUUCUUGACUUGGUGGAUUACUGCCACCGCAAACUCACCCUGCUGGCCAGCAAAGCGACCAGGGCGCCUCAUGACGAACACAACCUGACAGAGAAAGCAGUUGUAUCCUCUAUAGAGGAGUUGCAGAUGCAAAGUGCUGCACUGGAGUUUGAAAUCUCCCUGAAGGCUGCCUCUGUGCUGCGCUACAUCACUGACCACACUGAGAGCAUCAGUGUUAUCAGUCGCAUGCUGUGCACCCAUAACAUGCCUUGCGUACUGGUUCAGCUGAUUGACUGCUGCCCUUGGAGUCGCUGUAGAGAAGGUGAGGUAGAAAAGUACAUAAAUGGCAGAUGGCAGAAGAUUCCUGUUGAGGACCGUUUGAAGAUGACAAAAAUUGAUGGUCAGGUCUGGAUUUCCCUUUACAAUCUGCUGCUGAAGGAAGACUGCCAACGGAAAUAUGACUUCAACAGUUUCAACAAGAACCAGCUCCUAAAGCUCCGGGGUUUCUUGACAGAGGUGCUGAUUGAUCAGCUGCCAAACCUGGUGGAACUGCAGCGUUACCUGGCUCACCUUGCUGUUACAGACCCUGCCCCUCCAAAAAAAGAACUCAUUUUGGAACAGAUCCCAGAAAUGUGGAAUCACAUUGUGAGAGAGAAUUCUGGGAAGUGGAAGGCAACAGCAAAGUAUCAAGUCAAAGAAACUUUCAACCCAUCUGAAAACGACCUGAGGCUACAGGCACAGAGGUUGGCCCAGACGUACAACUUGGAUGUGAUGGAGAGUUUACUCCCGGAGAAGCCAAAAUGUGGAUCCUGUGGGAAAGAGGCUGCAAAGAGAUGCUCUCGAUGUCAGGGAGAAUGGUACUGUCACAGGGAAUGUCAGGUGAAGCACUGGCCUAAACACAAGAAAGCCUGCCAGCUUAUGGCCGAGGCCACGGAGAAGAUCCAGAGGGACCUGUACAUCAACAGCUAAGAGACAGACUGUUGAAGGACUGGUGGCGGAUAGGAGAUGGGAGGAGAACAGAUCUGCGUGUGGACGAUGCAGAUUUGGAUUCCUAUACAUUUUGAAUCAUCUUUCUUUUAAUGCUGGGAAAAAUUAUUUUGUUGUUCCUGACUGUAUUGUUUGUUCCCAUGAUGUCAUUUUGGCACACUGUUUUAAUCGACCAUUUGCUUCUUUAAUGAAAGAGCACGGGGGGGCUUUCUCCAGUUCCUUCUCUGGUACGAGAUUUUAUACUCCUUCGAUUUUGGUAUUCGACACAGUGGCAGCAAAUAAAAAUGCUUUAAUAACUUC